UGCUGCUCCUGGGCGGAGCUCCGGAUCCGGAUCUGUUGGUUGCAGCAUGUUUAGCUUCACAUUAACAGCGUUUGUCUCCAACCGUCCGACUUCACUUCCACCAGGUGACUGCUGCCGUGCAGGUAACUGCGUGAAAACAACGGAAAAACGCGCAGUUAAACGCAGAAACAGCAGUUUUUACGCGCCACGUGGCCGAUUAUUGAUUAUUGAUCCGCUGCUGCUGCAGAAACACAAGUAGAGUCAGAGAGCUGGAGAGCUGAAAGGAGUUCAGAGAGGAGUUCAGAGCUGAUCAGAGAUCCACAAUACCGGUCAAUAUUUACACAAGCAGGUUAGUGAUUAACUGUCCUCCGGUACAGCAGCUGCACAGAGACACACAGACACAGAGACACAGACAGAGACAGACACUCUGUGCUCCACCAUGCAGUGCGUCCGGGUCUGGAGAGGACUGAGUCACCUGAGCAGAGCAGCUCACCUGAGCAGAGGAGUUCACCUGUCUGCAGCAGCAGCAGCAGCAGGGUCCAGGCUGGACCUGAGCGGGAUCUACCCGCCUAUAGCCACCCCGUUCACCGCCCAGGAGGACGUGGACUACCAGCUGCUGGAGGACAACCUGCAGAAAUACAACCAGAUCCCCUUCAGAGGUCUGGUGGUUCAGGGCUCCAACGGAGAGUACCCGUUCCUCACGGAGGAGGAGCGAGUGGAGGUGGUGAAGACGGUCAGGAGGUCGCUGGCGACGGACAAAGUGCUGAUGGCCGGAUCAGGAUGUGAAUCCACGAGAGCCACCGUGCAGCUCACGGAGAGGAUGGCGGCGGCCGGAGCCGACGUCGUCCUCGUGGUGACGCCCUGCUUCUAUAAGGGCAAGAUGGACGGCCGCGCUCUGAUCCAGCACUUCACAAAGGUGGCGGACAGCAGCCCGGUGCCGGUGGUUCUGUACAGCGUGCCGGCCAACACGGGGCUGGAGCUGCCGCUGGACGCCGUGGUGCAGCUGUCUCAGCACCCAAACAUCCUGGGCCUUAAGGACAGCGGAGGAGACAUCUCACGGAUCGGCCUGAUUGUUCACAAAACCAAAACGCAGGAUUUCCAGGUGUUGGCGGGCUCGGCGGGGUUUCUCAUGGCCGCCUAUUGUGUUGGUGCGGUGGGCGGAGUGUGUGCGCUGGCCAACGUGCUGGGCCGGGAGGUGUGUGAGUUGGAGCGUCUGUGUGUGUCCGGUCGCUGGCAGGAAGCCAGAGUCCUGCAGCAGCGCCUCAUCGAGCCCAACGCCGCCGUGACCAGGAAGUUGGGAGUUCCCGCCCUCAAGCAGGCGAUGGAGUGGUUCGGUUUCCACGGCGGCGCCUGUCGAUCACCUCUUCAGCCGCUCACAGACGCCGAGGCUCAGCAGCUGAGGCGGGACUUCUCCUCCGACGGCUGGCUGUGAGGUCCAGUUCACGGCAGUGUCUCUUCAGAAGCCGGUGCUGAUGGUAAUCUGGUGAUUCUGGGCUAAAAUCACCAAUAUUUCCUUAUUUACUAAAUGUGAUUGCAAUGUAUAAUUUGAUGAGGUCAUCCGCUGCAGCUGCUGCACUUUGUCUGGUAAAUUUACCACUUUAAUCUCAGAGAAUAUCCAAAAAUAUUUCUUGUAAAUUUAAGACUUUAAUUUCAGAGAAUUUCCAAGUUUUUUUCUCAUACAUUUGAAUGUUUUUCUUUCUUUUAAAUUUACCAGUUUAAUCUCAGAGAAAAUUCUGUUUUUUCUCUUAAUUUUACCACUUUAAUCCUGUAGAUUCUCAGUUUUUUCUCUGAAUACUCCCCCCUCUCGCCCGGCUCCGACAGUGGCCCUAAUACGCCGGCGUAUGAUUGUAAUUUAGAUACUUGGUUUAAUGCAAAAUGUUUUUACAGACUGGAUGAUGGAUCAAUCACAUCCAUAAAGGUCAUUGAUUUCUAAAGGACCAAUAAUAUAAAAAACUAUAGAAUCUGUGAAACAGCUUCCCUGCAGUCUGCUCAUUAAUGUUUCUAAAUUACAUCUUUAUUAAUUCAUCUGUUGACUUUACACUGAAAUCACUGUGAGACCAGCGAGUUGCUUCUCAGUAGUAGUAUAUCAAAAAGUUAGAAAAAUGUUGUCUAUGCAUUUGUUUCGACAAUAAAAUUUGCAUUUCACUUCAAUAA